AUGGCCCAAUCAUUGCCUGUAGUAGCCCAAGAAGAUUUGGAUAGCUUCACCUUGACCAGGACAGGCGCAGGCUUUGCACUCAAAGCCUUUCACGUUUCUUGGAACACUCACAUCUCUGUGAAGCUGCUGACCAGCCAGGACACGACAGAGAGGGAAUGGAAGUUGCUACUUCAGGAUCUAGCAACUCUCAGGUGCUCUGAGUCUGAACGUCUCCUGCCUUCUCUUGGCAUUUACCAGUACAAUGGACUUGUGGGGAUAGUGACUGAAUGGAUGAACAAUGGAUCUCUGCACUCGCUCAUCCAUGAGCGUCAGCUGUACCCAGAACUUCCGUUUCCCCUGCUCAUAAGGAUCCUGUCAGAUGUGGCUGAAGGGCUGCAUCACCUUCACAGCCUCGGACCUGCUUUCUGCCACUGCGGCCUGAAACCUUCCAAUGUGCUUUUGGAUACACACUACAGAGCCAAGAUAUCAGAUUAUGGUCUAAACAACUGGAGGAAACAGCACCUGAGGUCAGAGCUACAAAACUGCAACCGGAGGAACUGGCGGGAUUUGGUGUAUCUCCCUCCUGAAAUACUUGAAGGAGGCCUUCCUUCCCAGGAAGGUGAUAUUUACAGUUUUGGAAUACUGUGUUGGGAGACCCUAAGCAGACGGAAACCUUUUGAAGGUCAAACAACCCUGCUGGAAGUUUUGACGGUAAUCUGCAGCAGUUUGCGGCCUGGCCUUUCAGAAAAGUUCAUACCAAGCCAUUUGCCUGAGAGGAAUAGACUGUUGCGCCUUAUUGCUCUGUGCUGGCAUCAUGAACCAGAUUAUAGACCACGUACUGCAGGAUGUGUAGACCUUCUAAAUGGAAUUUUGACUAGUAUAAAUAAGGAGGCAAUUUCCACUGCAAUCUACAAUCUGAUGGAUGCAAAGGAGACAGCACUUAAUGCAUGCAAAGGUUCACAAACAUACAUGUUGCAGAUGGGCAUAUGCAACUCAGAAGUCAUCUGUCCACAAAAGCCCAACCACUCAAUCAGCAAGAAAAUUCCUUUUGCAGUGCCAAGCUUGUCAGCUACUCUACUCAACAGCAGCGAGAAUAAUGCCGGAAGAGAAAAUAUUCUUGAGGCGGGUCUGUCGAAUACUGUCCCACAGAACCCAACAAUAAUGAAAGAUCACCUAGGCUCUGAGAGGAGAAAAUCAAACUCCUUUUGCACGAUUCCUUUACCUGAUCCAACUGCAGGCAGAGAAAGCAGUCAGCAUAACGAUGCACUGCCAGCUCUCAAGCACAGACCACAGCCUACGCCUCUUGAACAAGCAGUGACAGACUCUUGCUGCAAAGGAAACUGCUGUCAAAUACUUGCCUGCCGGAGACAGACCAUACUGAGCUGCAUGACAGAAGGACGCCUCAACCAUAUCCUUGAUGUCCUUCGGUCACAGAAAACGUUGUCCCGAAUGGACUAUGAAACAAUUACCUCUUACCCCACGGUGACUGCGCGUGCUCGGGCAUUGCUGGACACUUGCCUUUGCCUUGGAGAGGCAGCAGCACAGGUGGUAGUGACUGUACUUUCAGCGACCAGAUGUAGUCCUCUGGGACAAGGCAGCCAUUGCCCAGACUGUCCUUCUACGGUAAAGAGGCUCUUGUGA